AUGGAAGAGGAGCGGGAUGGCCGCCUCCCGAUUGGCGGCGACGGCGGCGGCGGCGGCGGGAGGGCGGCGCCGCCUCCCCGGGAGGAGUGGUCGCUAGAGGAUCAUCCAAGGGGAUGGGAGGUGGUGGUGAUGGACAGAAGAGCCUUGCUCUACGAGGAUGAUUUCUCUGUUUUCCCUCCUAGCGAUCAUGAGGGCCUACUGGUGGAGCAAGCUCCCAUGGCCGCGGCGGAGGGGAGGUCAGCGGUUGUUGCUUCCCCUCUGUCUUCUCCUCCCUCCCUCUCUUCUGCGGGGAACGGCGGAGAGUCGCGGUGGCCGGUUCGGUGUCACCUUCAGCGGAAGGGAGAAAGGUGGCCUCUCGUCGAAUUGGCCCGGAGGGCGUUCGACUCCGGAAUCGAGCGUCUCUGGUUCAAGCUUCCGCGACCGAGCGUGGGGGCGGUGCCGGCGGGGGUGAAAGGAGGGACGAUCUGGUCGUUCACCGCCGUUGCUGGCCUGACAGCACUUCUCCUGUACAGUAAUCACAGAUACCGCCGGGAGAAGCUCCGGCUCCUUCUCCUCAUCAAAGAGAAGGAUCAGGUCUGUUCACUUUACAUUCUUGCAUCAUCAGUUCGUAUGCAUUUAUUUUCCCCUAGUUGGACUGAACUGAACUCUUACUUACGGUAAACCACGCUGUCUUCUCCCACAAGGUACUGCGCGAUCUUCUAAAAGUAGAUGUUUAUUACUUCAUCUCCAGCUGGUUUUUCUGAAGGGGAUUUGAUCUAUAGUUCACCUUGAUUGAUCUCUGAUCCAGCUUCCGAGUUCUUAAACCUCUGUGCAUUCAGUAGUAGAGACUGGCGAGCCGAUUAAGUGAUCAUGGCGUCCAAACUCUUCUGAAUGUAGAUAUUCUUCACACAACAUUAUUAAAUACAUCACUGAUUCGGAUGAAUUCGGAUGUUUCUGCGUUCUGUUGAUAAACCUUUAGGUGUACCAUUCAAUUUUAUUUUCUUAAUUUCCGAAUGGGUAUCAUGGGGAAUCAUAGUCCGUGCCUCUAAUAUCAUUGAGGCCAGAGAUUGCAAAGAAUGGGACUUCCUGUGGAGCUUGGCAGCCAGAAUCAUUUGUUAGGAAGCUCGCGUAUAAUUCGCUAAGGGAAUUAUCCUUUAAACCAGAACGUGUUCUCCAGCCCAUUUCUAUGUGAGUUCAGUGAUGCUAUUUAUCUGAAAGAACAGUCAUCUUCUUCAGCUCAUUUCUAUCACUUGCAUCUUUUGAUCUUGCUUCUUUUUCUAGCAUGUGACAUCAGGAGUCUGAUAAUAAGCGCCUACUGCAUAUGAUCUCAGCAAUUCUGGGUUUCCCUUGGAACAAACAGUCCUCUGAGUGCUUACCCAUCUGUGCGAGCUAAAUGUUCUGUGAAUGAGGAUGGCUCAUUUCGCUCAUCGGAAAAGGAAAUUAAUUAUUCUAGUAUGAUUCCCAAGAUAUAGUUCUUUUCAUUUAAUUCAGAAAGGACGAUUUAUUUACCUGAAAAUAAUAUCUCGAGUAAAUGGAGAUGAAGUUGCCGAACUUAUAUGACUGUUUUUUUUUUCCCCUACAUUUAUCUACGGUGGUUUGAGAUCCUCUCCCCUUUUUCUAUUGCUGAACAAGGGAUGGUAGGUGGGGAGGAGAAGAAGAAGAAGGGCAACAACUGAAUUAUACGAGGGAUUAAUAGAACCAGUAGAAGGAUUUGUGCUAAAAUGAAUUUGUUGCUCAAGAACACUGUCAAGAAGAUCUUUCCAUAAUUGGUAGCUUUAGAGAAUUCUAUCACUUUGGCAAUCUUUUCCACCCAUUGAGCAAGGCUUUUGGUCAACUAUUUCAUGUCGUCUUGUUCUAAUAAAUUCCGUUCAUGCAUAGUACAGUCCUAGGUAAGCUGAUGUGUGUUGAUUAUUCCCUUGCAGACGAUCACUUGGCUGUCCCAGCACAUCGCCCAGAUGAACGAGCUCAUGGCAGCUCGUCUGAUCGUUCCAGUCGCGAGGAGUGCUUGA